AUGCUCGAUGAUUAUUAUUAUUGUGUUACAUCACACACUGACUGGUCUAGAACAAAAGAUAAUGAUGAAAUUGUUGACCUUAUAGGUAUUAGUGAGAGUGAUUUGUUAUCGGUCGUGAGUGGAUCAGUUAGUGUGGCGCGAGGCACAAUGCCAUCCGAUGAAGAUAUCGUCGUAACAAUCACUGAAGAUGGGAGUGAUGUUGAGGAAGACGAAGAUAUUUUAAACGUUAUUAUUAGCGUAAGAUAUGCAAAGGGAUUAAAGGCUUAUAUUAACAACAAAGCAAAAUUGAACUUACGCUCACGGCUUAUGCUCAAGAACUUGAAUAUGGGCGUUCACAUGUAA